AUGGCGCGCAACGGAGACUCGACGCUGCAUUUGCCGCGCAUCCUCUGUUUGCACGGCGGCGGCACCAACGCCCGCAUAUUUAGGUUGCAAUGCCGCGUCAUGUCGAGGAUGCUGGAACCCUACUUCCGGCUUGUCUACGCGGAGGCGCCUUACGAGUCCUCCGCCGGCCCGGACGUCCUGUCCGUCUAUGCCGAGCACGGCCCCUUCAAGCGCUGGUUGCGCUGGCUCCCGGAUCAGCCCGAAGUCGAGGACGACGCCGCUAUCGGGGAGAUCGAUGCCCAGCUUAAAAGUGCUAUGGAAGAGGACGAUCGCCAGGGCGCUACGGGGUUGUGGGUCGGCCUGCUCGGGUUUAGUCAGGGCGCUAAGUUAGCGGCGAGCCUACUAUUCAGACAGCAAAUUCGAGCGGCGAAAUUGGGGACCGCGGUGGCAGGCUCGGAUUGGAAAUUCGCGGUGCUUAUGGCUGGGCGGGCGCCCAUUGUGAAUUUGGCACCUGACGUGUUUAGGUCGUCCAUGCUGCAUCACCCGUCGCAAAUCGGGCUCAUAGGCAGUCCAGAUCUGAUGGAGAUAAUGAAAGGGGAACACAUCUUGAACCUUCCGACUAUCCACGUGCACGGUUUAAGCGACCCGGGCUUGCAUCUACAUCGCGAACUGUACGAGGAAUACUGCGACCCGGCGAGUACGAGGUUGGUUGAGUGGAACGGAAAUCAUAGGGUACCGCUUAAGGGAACAGACGUGACCCCGGUAAUAGACGAGAUUUUAGAUGUUGCAAGGGAAGCUGGGGUGUUGAAGGGCUGA